AAUAGACUUGACGUCUGCAGCCGGGAGGCUGAGUGUUGGAUCCGCCAGUCAACAUGGCAGCGGUGUUUAGGAGAAGCAGCGGGAUCCUGAGAAGUGCUUCUCUUCUUGAGUGGAGAUCACAACAUACAAAAGUUUCUCAGAAAUAUGAACCAGGAUCAGGAUUUAGUUUUGAGUUCACUGAACAGCAGAAAGAAUUUCAAGCUACUGCUCGAAAAUUUGCCAGAGAAGAAAUACUUCCAGUUGCUUCACAAUAUGACAAAACUGGUGAAUAUCCUUUCCCAAUAAUUAAAAGAGCCUGGGAACUUGGUUUAAUCAAUACACAUAUUCCAGAGAGUUGUGGAGGUCUCGGACUUAAAACUUUUGAUUCUUGUUUAAUUACUGAAGAACUGGCUUAUGGAUGUACCGGGGUUCAGACUGCUAUUGAAGGAAAUUCUUUGGGGCAAAUGCCUGUUAUUAUUGCUGGAAAUGAUCAACAACAAAAGAAAUAUCUGGGGAGAAUGACUGAAGAGCCAUUGAUGUGUGCUUACUGUGUAACAGAACCUGGAGCAGGCUCUGAUGUAGCUGGUAUAAAGACCAAAGCAGAAAAGAAAGGAGAUGAGUAUAUUAUUAAUGGUCAGAAGAUGUGGAUAACCAAUGGAGGAAAGGCUAAUUGGUAUUUUUUGCUGGCGCGUUCUGAUCCAGAUCCUAAAACUCCUGCUAAUAAAGCCUUUACUGGAUUUAUUGUGGAAGCAGAUACCCCAGGAGUGCACAUUGGAAAAAAGGAAUUAAACAUGGGCCAGCGAUGUUCAGAUACAAGAGGAAUUGUCUUUGAAGAUGUGAAAGUGCCUAAAGAAAAUGUUUUACUUGGUGAAGGAGCUGGUUUCAAAAUUGCAAUGGGAGCUUUUGAUAAAACCAGACCUCUAGUAGCAGCUGGUGCUGUGGGAUUAGCACAGAGAGCUUUGGAUGAAGCUACCAAGUAUGCCCUGGAAAGGAAAACUUUUGGAAAGCUGCUUGUUGAGCACCAAGGACUAUCAUUUUUACUGGCAGAAAUGGCAAUGAAAGUUGAACUAGCUAGAUUAAGUUACCAAAGAGCAGCUUGGGAGGUUGAUGCUGGUCGUCGGAAUACCUAUUAUGCCUCUAUUGCAAAGGCAUUUGCUGGAGAUAUUGCAAAUCAAUUAGCCUCUGAUGCUGUGCAGAUGUUUGGAGGCAAUGGAUUUAAUACAGAAUAUCCUGUAGAAAAACUAAUGAGGGAUGCCAAGAUCUUUCAGAUUUAUGAAGGCACUUCACAAAUUCAAAGGCUCAUUAUAGCCCGUGAACACAUUAGCAAGUAUCAAAAGUAAAACGGAUUGCUAUAGAAACAUGAUUGAACAUUGAAUAAGUACAGUACAGGCCACUGUUUUUUUAACCUACUAACUAUGCUUUAAAAGAGAGAUAGGGCUUUAACAUUUUUUCAGUGAAAAUACUAAAUACUCUAGUAUAACUGUGCAAUUGAUUUUAACAGUAGUUUGUACUUCUGUUUUACUCUGAUUUCCCUUUUUUCAAAUAGAUGUGGUUUCAUUAAAAUUAUGUGUUGUCCUUAGUAUCAGUAUUUGUACUAACCUAGAAGAAUACAUUUGUCUUUUUGAUCUUUUAAAAUUAACCACACUUUCAGAAACACCUUAAAAUUUCAAAUUUUUCCAGUGACAAAAGGGGAAUAUUCCCAAACUUACAUUGAGAAAAUAUUGUAAGAUUUGGAUACCAUCAAACAACUUGCCAUUGACUUUGUAGACUUAAUGGUAUUACUGCACUAUAGUAGUUUAUAAUUUUGAAUGCAUUUGAUUUUAGUUUUGCACAGUAGUACUAACAUUUUUGAUAUUCAUAUUUUCCCAUAAAAAGCCCAGUGUAUUUCUUGAAAAUCUUGUUAAUACUGAGCUCACAUUUAAUUUGCCUUAUUUAAAAUAUGUGAAUAAAGUUUGUCUUAAAUUAUUUUU